ACCAUGAGGAAAAUUACUUUGUUUCUUUUGAUGGCAGUCUGUGUAGUCGUUUUAUUGACUACAGAACCUUGUGAAGGAAAAAAGAACAAUGAUGUAGUUGAAGGAGAGCAAGUUGAAGAAUCUGAUGGUAAUAAAUCUGUGGGACGCGGAAAACAUAAUCGUGACAGAAGACCUGGUCUUGAUGAUGAACAACCUGGAAAAGGAGGUGAACAAGGAAAUGGUAAAGGACAUGGUCGUCGCAACCGUCAAAAUGGCAAGGGCAAAAAUAAGAACAAACCAAAUGGAAGUUCAGAGUCUUCUGGAUCAGAAGAAUGAUUCUGACGAUAAUAGCUGUUUCAAAUAAAAUAAUUAAUUUUGGACAACAUUUAACAUUUUGUGAUAAAAAAAUUAGUUCCAUUAACUUACAAUGUAAAUUUAAAAUGAAAUUACUACAACAAUAAAA